AUGUGGCGGGCGGGGGCGGCGGGCGCCGUGCGCGCCGCGGAACGGGCGGCGGCGGGGGCGCGGCGGCGCGGCGGCACCGGGGGCGUCCCGAGGGCGGGCACAGCCGCCGCUGGCAGCAGCCGCACGCAAUUACAAUAUUCUUCAGAUGUGAAGAGCAGGACUGCUUUGUUCAUGAAUUUGAGAAAUUCAGGAACUCUGAGUGACACAAGCUCUUUAGAUGAGACAACCUAUGAGAAACUGGCUGAAGAAACACUGGACUCCUUAGCAGAUUUCUUUGAGGACCUGACAGAUAAACCUUUUACCCCAGAAGAUUAUGAUGUCUCUCUAGGGAGUGGAGUACUAACAGUUAAAUUGGGUGGAGACAUGGGAACAUACGUAAUCAAUAAGCAAACACCAAACCGGCAGAUUUGGCUGUCCUCACCCACUAGUGGGCCCAAACGCUAUGACUGGACUGGACGGAAUUGGGUGUAUUCUCAUGACAAAGUAUCUCUUCAUGAACUACUAUCAAAAGAGUUUUCAACAGCUUUAAAAACUAAAUUGGAUUUGUCCUGCUUAAUAUAUUCUGGGAAAGAAGAUACUUGAUUGUAUUCUACCUCAUGGAAGUUUAAAGACUUUAACCUCAAGCCAAGCUCUUUCUUAGGCUGAAGUACCUGAGCUUAAUUCUGUUGUUUUUAUUGGCAUCAGUAUAUUGUGCAACAAAAAUUAAAAUAAUAUUUUUUUCCUCUAGUGCUCAGUCUUUGGAUUUCUGUGUGCUGUUUGAAUCUGUGCAGUACACAUGGUUGAGGUCACCCAUCCUGUCACUUCAUGUCUUCCUUUCUUCCUGCAGAAGUAAUGAAUUUUUAGUUUCUAUAGACUUGUUUGCAUGUAAGGACUGACCACCAGGUGAUUUCUGACCAGCACACAAAAGCUGAACUUUUCUUGGUGAAACAUUAAUCCAAAACAAGAAAUGCCUGUGAGUUACAUUGACAUAAAUUGUGGUACUGUGAAUGUAUUGCAUCAAAAUUUGUGACUAUUGUAAUACAUCAUAGUCAUAUUUAACAUGUCAUAGUGUGUGUAAUGACAGCUUUUUUCCUUUGUAUUGCAGAACUUGCUAUUCUCCAAAUUCUAAAUUGUAGUGUGUUUCACCUCAGGAUUUUUUUUUUGAGCUAAACUUUAAAUUAUUUAGACAUUUUUGUGGCUCUGAGCAUGAUAUGGAACUAGAAAAGCUAGUUUGUGAAGUUUAGGCUGUACAGCAAUAUCUCUGUAAACAUGUAAUUCUUUUACCGUGCAUUUCUCUUUCUCUACCCUUUUGUUCCUCAAAGAGUAAAAAUACUUUUUUUUUUUUUGAGCUUAGCAAAAUUAAGUUCAUUAAAAUUUGCACUAAUUUUAUUCUACUGCAUUUCUUCAGUGGUUUUAGGUUAUCUUCUUAUCACCAUGAUACAGCAAGUCUCCCCCUGGUACCAUGCUGAUGGAGAAAUUUCUUAGAAUCAAAUAUUAUUCUUAGGCUGAUGAAGCUGUCUUUGUUAGGCUAUUAAAAAUGUGAAGGAAGUAAACUACAUACUCCAAAUCUUACAACAAAAACAUUUAAAAGAAAUAAGGAACUGCAAUACUUGAGCAGUUGCACUGUUGUAAUAUUACAACUUGCAGCUUUUAACUGCCUAUAAAAUGGAAGGACCAAAUUGUUGACUAAUGCAUGAGGGAAAAAUGAUACCAUAAUCUUGCAGAUUGUAUGAAAAGAUGUUCAGUGCACAAUAUUUUUCUUUUUGGUUUCUCUGAUGCUGUGGUUAGUUUGGCAUUAUUCUCUAGCUAGCUUGACAGGUAAGGAUUUAUUUUGUCACUGAAAAACAAUAACUGUAAAGUGUUCUUGCCCAGUAUUUGCAUUUAGAGUAUAAGCAUUGUUACCUGCUAUUUCUUACUACUAAACAGAAACAUUCCAGUGGAAGUAGCUCUUGGUUAAUUGUUCAUGCUAUGUGCAUGUUUUACAAUCAAUGUACAUUUCAGCUCUACUGGAUGAGGUAAAUACAAUGAUGACUCCCAGACCUCAUGAAUAUAAGAGUAAAACAUGUUUUUUCAAAAAAGUACAGGGAGGUAAAAAUAGAAUAUGUUUUUGCUGUUCUGAAUUUGGAACACUGAAAAUAAUUUAUAGCAUGUGGAAAUACGUAUUUUUAUGUAGUUACUUGUAUAAUAUUUAGAUCAAUCUCCUACAAUUUCAGGUAGUAAUUUAAACAAGUUUGUGUAGAAGUUAAUGACUUGAUAAUUGGAUCGAGGAUACCUCUUUAUUACUUUGCCUGACCAUGUGUAAUUAUUUUUUCCAAUUGACUUUUCCAAAAAUUAUUUUCUUAAGUAUUUGCAUGCAAUUUGACCACUAACAUGCAUCUGAUUCAUAUUUGGAAGUUCAUUUUCCAUUCCCUUACGUCUGGUAGAAAUGUUUAUACCAAAAUAAAAUUGCAUGUGAAAUUCUUAAUUCAUUAUGUAAAGGUGUGAUUCGAAGGUUUGAUGAUAAGGGUGAAGGCCACAGAUAUGUGCAUACUUACGAAUUCUUUCUGUUUCUUAAAAACGCAUACUGGAAAGAUUCUGUCCAAGUGUGGCCAGUUGACGUGAAUUUUGUAAGAGCAGUUCAGCUUUCACAGUUUACGUGCCUUGCCCUUCAUCUGUAAUGCUACUGCUAUUUAUGCAAACAAUUUCCUGGGUUUCGAUAUCUGAGUAACAAAUGGAUUUAAUCUUAGCUGAAGAUAAAUAGCGUCAGCAAGUUAGAAUGAGUUUUAUCUCAAUGUACAAAAUGAAUCAUAGGACAUGACUCAUGUUUUGCUUUAGUACUUGCAUCAAAUUGUAAGUAGGGGGCAAGGACUCCCAUGAGCCAUCACACUUGUACAAUGGAGGCACCAAAAUGAUCCUAAUGUCAGACUGCUUAUUGCCCCAAGACAAGUAAAACUUCUGUACUGUUUUUUACUUCUGUAACUUAGGGAAUAAAAAGAUUGUUGUAUAGUUCUCCACCUGA